UUUUUUUUUUUUUUUCUGAUAGCUUUUUCAGCCAAAUUCUCUCGUUUCUCGUUUUCCAGACGCCAAAACAACAAAACUCCCGUUUUCUUCUUCUUCUUUUUUGCUUUGUUAACUCAGUCAUGCUGUGCAUCUGCGGUGGCCAGGCAGAGACCAUUGAGGGCGGUCAGACGGUCUGCACAGUGUGUGGCGUGGUGCUCGAAGAUAAUCCAAUCGUAUCCGAAGUCACUUUUGCAGACUCGAGCAGCGGCUCGGCAAACGUUGUCGGCCAAUAUGUCUCCAAUGAAGGAACAAAGCCAUUCUCAUCGGGACCGGGUCUGCACGGUUUGGGACGCGAUUCUCGCGAGUCCACCCUGUCCAAUGGACGAAAGAAAAUCCAGCAGAUGGUCAGUAACAUGCAGCUCAACGCACACUACACGGACAUGGCGCACAGCGUCUUCCGCGAGGCCGUCGACCGCAACUUUAUCCAAGGCCGCAAGACGCUGAUUGUUGUGGCGGCCUGUGUUUACCUGGUUUGUCGUCAUGAUCAAUCACCAAUCAUGAUGCUCGACUUUUCUGAUGCUAUCUCGGUCAACGUGUUUGUUUUGGGCAACACGUACUCGCAAUUGUGCAAAGUCCUGCACAAGACUGUCCCCGUUGUUGAUCCUUCGCUCCUCAUUCUUCGCUUCGUCUCCAUGCUCGAGUUUGGAAGCAAAGAAAACGAAGUCUCGCGGACAGCCACUCGUCUUGUCCAGCGCAUGAAGCGUGAUUGGAUUCUAGUUGGUCGGCGCCCUGCCGGUCUGUGCGCCGCAGCUAUCUUGUUGGCCGCCCGUAUGCAUGGUUUCUCCCGCUCGCAACGAGAAAUUAUUCACGUCGUGCGCAUUUGCGAUAUGACCCUUCGACGACGCCUCGAGGAGUUUGAAGAAACCCCUUCGGGUCAACUGACCACGGUUGAGUUCAACACGAUCGACUUGGAACACGAGUGCGAUCCACCCUCGUUUCUUGCUGCCAAAAAGAAGGCAAAGCAAAAGGAGCGGUUGGCAGCGAUCGAGUCCGGUCAAAAGGCCAUCAUGCCCGCAGAACAGGACGCUGACAUGCUGCAGCUUGAACAAAUCGAGAGCGAAAUUAACGCCGUGCUCGGCGACGAGCCAUUGCUACUCCCAGAUGGCUCGGUGGAGCGGCCCAUGAACGCUCACCCUGUUGUGCCGUCGUCGGCAGCACUCCGAGCCACUCCGAUUACCGCAGCGGCUGCAGCCGCGAGUAGCCACGCGCGAAGAGGCAGCUCCGCACUGCCAGCCGUCUUCCGAGCAGGCGGAGCCAUCUCUGCAACACCCGCAAGUCAAGCGCCGUCGGUGCCGUUGACAGCCACCACUGGCGCCCUGGUAGUGCUCGGCUCUGCGUUUGAUCGGCCCGAGGCAAGAGCUGGCGAUGAAGAUCUUGAUACAGUUAUUGAGGACGAUGAAAUUGCUGCCGCGGUGCUUUCGCGCGAUGAAAUUAUCGUCAAAUCCAAACUAUGGCACCACGCCAAUCGCGAUUACUUGCUCAAGCAAAAGCAAAAACAACUGGAAAUUGCUGAUAACUUGGCGCGUGGAGUCGCCAUCAAGGCUGAUCCCGUUAAGCGAAAGAAAAAGCGCGAGCCACGAACCACAGAGCCCACAGAGUCCCAUGAUUUGACGCUGCGUCCCGCAGCAGUGCCGAAGAAAUCGUCCAACAAGAUCAACUACGAUGUCCUGCGCGGCUUGGGUCUGGAGCCUCCAGCAGCCGAGCCCGAGGUCCCGCUGUCUGGUCCUGCCCCGCACGCAUCCGCACGAGCUCGUGUGGCUGCAGCAGCCGCUUCAACAGCCGCUGCGUUGGGCGUGCCAGCGCCAACUGCUCUGUCGGACCCCGCCGCUUCGUCGAUCAGCAAGAAGGCAGAGCGUAAAAAGCGCAAAGCCGAGCGCCAGCAAACCAAGCGUCGGUUGCUGGAGGAGGCGAGUGCUGGCUCUGGCGCAGCCGAAAGCGCGUCGACUGCAGCCGCAGCGACUGCAUUGCAAAGUCCCCGCAAGCGGCUGGCCCUAGAGAUGGAUAAUGCCCCUUCUGCGGUGCCGGCUAUCAGUAGUAAAACCGAGGCCACCUCGGACAACGAAGAGGAGGACGUUGACGAUGAGGUGGACGAUGAGGAUCAGCUGCGCCGAGGCAAGCAAAGUCGAAUGCGAACCGAGAGCACUGCAUCGAUCGGCGACGACGUUGCUGCUCGAGAGUACGCUCAAAUGUUUUCACGCCGCAACAGCAUGGAAGCAGAGGACGACGACGGCGACCGCUAUUACGACGACGACGAGUAGUUUUUGUUUUUUUCACAGCUGUUUAUUUUGGUUAUCUGGUUAAUAACAUACAUGGA